CAGGGAAGUGUAUUAGGCCCACUCUUAUUCAUAAUAUAUAUAAACAGUAUCUGUGAAUGCUUUAGUGUAGGUAAACCAAUACUAUAUGCAGAUGACUUAAAAGUGACGUAUAAAUGCAAGAACACAGAUCUUGGAAUAACAGUAAACGCCAUACAGCAAGAAUUAGAAAAAAUGGAUAGAUGGUGUGACACCUGGCAACUCCAAUUUAAUGUCGAAAAAUGUGGCUGGCUCUGCAUAGGUUGCAACAAUUUAGAACUUGACCUGACAAUUCAAGGCCAUGCACUUCAACGACUGGAAUCUGUACUGGACCUAGGGCUGAAAUAUUCACAUAACUUAUCAUUUUCUGAACACAUCUCCAAACAAGUGUCAAAGUCACGCAGACUUAUCGGCUUUCUACUCAGGAACUUCUACAGAAAUGAGUCUAGAAUUCUGUUGUACAAGGUUUGUGUGCGUCCUUUAUUUGAUUACUGUUCAUUCAUGUAUAGUAGCAUACGCAUAGAGGACAAAUUGAAAGUCGAGGGAGUGCAGAGGUACUUCACGUUAAAAUUACUCGGAACCGGAAAUGGUACGAACUACUCCACUAGAUGUGAUACCCUAGGACUAGAAACACUAUGGCUAAGACGCCUGAGACUAAACUUGACACUUUACUAUAAGCUUCUAAACCACUUAGUUUUUACCUCUACUAAUGGCACUCGACUUUCAGAUGACAAUGGCUACAAACUAAGACACACUAAGGGUACAGUAGCUAUCGAACAAUGUAAAACAGCCACCAGGCAAAAGUUUUACUUGAUUAGGUAUGCACAGAUAUGGAAUAAACUGCCAAUGGAAAUGCGUCAAGCAAGUACAUUGGCCUCCUUCAAAAAGGUGCUUAAUGACAAACUACAAGAGUUUGCAAACGAUAUUAGUUCUAGUUCCUAUCUGAGAGCCUCCGAAAUUAUAGGUCCAUUUAAUGUAUAAGCUUAAAUACUACACCUGUUGUUUUUUGCCUAUAUUUAUAAUUCUAGAUAAAACAUUAACGGUUAACAUACGUAUCCUCAAACAGACAACAAAUCUCGUUUGUAAAACUACUACCCAACACAAUAAGUGGAAUAAAAUGGACAUAAACCGACAACAUGAAAAAGGUAUAACUCACCACAACAUCACAAGGACAGAUGAACGCUCGUUGGGUACCAUAUAUUCCUCACCAACUGCAACCCACCUUUCCUUAGAUAAUGUGAUGAACUUAUACCCAUAAUGUUGCUGAGCAGUCAAUAUUCUCAACUCCUGUCGGAACAGCUGAAACUCAUAAACCUUCCUAACGCUAAGAAAAUACCCGUAAUCAGUAGAAAUCCAUUAAUUAAUGCGUCCGAAGCUUAUGUACUUACUCCCAACAAUGACAUUGCAGAUCAAAUGAGAUAAACACAUCACUGAUUUCAAAAUAACACAUCAAUGAACUAUAAUUCGAGGACUCUGCACACAACAAAGUUAUGUAUGAAUAUUUACUUCAAGCUUUAUUUUUUUCCCAGGCACUUAUAAUCCAUCCACCAAAGACCUGGUUUUUUUGUUAAUGCGAAGACAAUACUCCUGUAUUUCCUGUUGUGUUGCACUCACUGACAAUCUAGCAGAUUUUUCCAACUUUGCACAGAAAUGAUUGUAUAUAAGUGAAAAGGCUGUUUUAUACUACUGGAAUUAACAUUUAUCAAGUGUAUGUAUAAUCUCUAUCGAACAUGUAAAGCAUAUCUUGCUACCGGCUGUAAAUUGUGAUUAAAUUAUAUGGUUCUAUUUCUGUA